CAGAUCAGAGACCAGUCAAUAGCCAAUCACGAUGCUUGUGACGGCCGACGAAAUGCUCGUUAAAAACUAAAGAGCAGCGAGUCAGUGACAAUGAUAUCCUGAGUUGUCUGACCUGGGCAUCUACUUACCAGAAAAGCAGCGACCUCUGAACUGUGCAAUGGUUCACCUGACUGCUCUCGGCCUGCUGGCUGUCCUGGCUAUGGUCACGAUGAGCCCCACCAUUGCUGCUCCUUCUUUCCAAAGUGGAGACGUGGGAUUACUUACAGAGUUGAUGAGGAGGAUGCUAACUGAUUAUGAAGACCCUCGUGGUUUGAUGUUAACAAUCAACCAAGAUGUCUCAUCAGAGAUGAUGGAGAAGCGUCUAGAGGCAAACGAGGACUCUGGGGACAACAGUGAUGACUCGGAGCCGCCAUCCAAGCGAGAUUGGAUCUUAUCGCUCAACGGAUGCCGCUUCAGAUGCCGGGGAAGAUCAAGAGGUUAGCGAAGGAAGAAGCCUCAAGCAGUAGCCACGAAAACCUCAAAUGUUGUCAACAGUUCAACGCCGUCUCAGUUGACUGUCUCCACAUCUCGCACCUGACAUCGAUGUCGCUCUAACAAUGGUGAAGGCUGUCUGCAAAUGUUUCCACAGUUCCAACUGCCAUUCAUGUCACCUGACAAUACUUUGUCUUCCUCACUGUAGAGGCCACCUGGCGGUCGUCCUCAAAAGCCUGGGUGUCUUGUGCUUUGUAAUGUAAAGAUUGACACUAAAUCUCAGUUUAUCUCUUUGAA